CAAUACAAUACAAUACAGUCAUACAUAAAUAAAUGAGUCUUCAUUAUCAUUUACAUUUACUCUCCUUGUAAGACUGAAAAAUAUUUGUAACCAAAACUCUAUCAAUAUCGCACUGGAAAGCCAAAAGGUUAAAAAUGGUUUUUUCAUACAUUCACACAUGUAUGCAUAUUUUCAUUUGUGUGUAAAUAAAAGAACAAAGCAAAACUUAUGUAUUAACGAUUUCAACUUAAAUAGAACCACAAUCCAUUUGCCGCAAUCAGUACGCGUCAAACGAUCCAAUUUGACAUUUAUUGUCGAGUCUUAAAUUAAAUAUUAAAAUUAAAAAAGCACGUGGGCCAGUUGCAACAUAUAUACAUUAAAAUGGCUACUACUAUUGGGGGCUACAAAUUGGGUAAAAUCCUCAUUGAGGGUAAAACAAAACAGGUUUACGAUCUCCCCGAUCAUCAAGGGUUGUGCCUGUUGCUGAGCAAAGACCGUAUUACAGCUGGUGAUGGUGUAAAGGCGCAUGAUUUGCAAGGCAAAGCCAAGAUUUCCAACACAACAAAUGGACUAGUUUUCGGUAUUCUAAACGAGGCGGGAAUAAAUACGGCCUACGUUAAACCUUGCGCGGACAAUGCCUUCAUUGCUAAAAAAUGUGAAAUGAUACCCAUCGAGUGGGUCACCAGACGUUUGGCUACUGGUUCGUUUUUGAAACGUAAUACCGGUGUGCCGGAAGGGUACAGAUUUUCACCACCGAAACAGGAGACGUUCUUUAAGGAUGAUGCCAAUCACGACCCCCAAUGGUCUGAUGAACAAAUUAUCUCAGCAAAAUUUAGUUUUAACGGUGUUGUAAUAGGUCAAGAUGAGUUGGACAUUAUGAAGCGAACCACUGUACUAGUGUUUGAAAUUUUAGAGAAAGCGUGGGCCACCAGGAAUUGUGCUCUUAUUGACAUGAAAGUAGAGUUUGGCAUCGAUACUGAGGAAAACAUCGUGCUUGCCGACAUUAUCGAUUCAGACUCUUGGCGUCUCUGGCCGUCUGGCGACAAACGUUUAAUGGUUGAUAAGCAGGUAUAUCGUAAUCUCGCCACUGUUACCGACAGUGAUCUGGACACAGUGAAACGUAAUUUUAUGUGGGUUAGUGAACAACUUAAGGACAUAGUGCCGGCUAAGGAUCAUCUAGUGGUUAUUCUAAUGGGUAGCGCUUCCGAUAUUGCUCAUUGUGAGAAAAUCUUCACACGUUUGCAACAAUUGGGAGUAAAUACUGAGAUACGCGUCACCUCAGCGCACAAAGGACCAGAAGAGACCUUGCGGAUUAUGCGCGAAUACGAAAGUGUUAUUAAUAAUUUGGUAUUUAUUGCCGUAGCAGGUCGUUCUAAUGGAUUAGGUCCGGUCUUAUCUGGCAGCACCACAUACCCAGUGAUUAAUUGUCCACCCUUAAAAGGAGAGAAUCUUCAAGUUGAUGUUUGGUCAAGUUUAAAUGUACCUUCUGGCCUUGGCUGUCCGACCGUGUUAUAUCCUGAAGCAGCUGCGCUGCAUGCUGCACAAAUUUUCGGUCUGUCAAAUUACAUAAUAUGGUCCAAGUUACGCGUCAAACAACUCAAUAACUUUGUUACUUUAAAGAAGGCUGAUAAGCUGGUGCGCGGAGUUCGAAAUGCUUAGAUUGUGUGUGCAGAACUGAAUCAUACGAUACAUAUUUAUUUUAAUAAAAAUGACUUUAAAGCCAUA